CAGUCUGAACAAAAGAGAACUGCUCAUUUUAGUUCACAGGAUGAGAAGGAAGAACGAUAAUGACCGUUUUGUCGGCGGGCGACUGGUGAGCAUGAAAUAAUCCGUUUCCCCACUCAGAGUUGAGCUUCUCGCUGUCUUCUCCAAUGAGCUGCGUCAGCAUGAGCAUCGAUACUAAUUUCAAUGGGGCACUCUUAGAAAAUUUCCCUUCAAGUUGGUAACCACUAGGCUGAGAGCAUGCGUGGUCAUGAAUCUUGGAAGAAGAUCAGAUGCUCAAUCCAGCGAACCAAUUACUGGGUCGAUUACUCGAUCCAGUCCCAUUCACACUACUGAUCAUGAAACUAAACGUUCGUAUUUUGCCAUCUUUCUCGCUCUUGAUCUCUUGAGACAUCCCCAACAAACAUAGCCGUCGGAGGCAUUGGCUCGGCCAAUUACUCAAAGAUCUGGGACUAGGAUACAACCAUUUUGAUAGUUUUGAGAAGGGGAUCAAUUAUUUGAGUUGAAAUCAGUAAGUCCUGUUAGUUCCGCAUAUUCAACCACACAAUCUGGAGCGAUGUGAUCGUCACACAAGCAACACAACAAAAUCAGUCCGCCAAGUUAAUGGAUUUCUGGCCUGAAUUUCUCCCAAGCAGUUGGGGUAGAGAGUUUGUCGCCGGGGGCUUUGGGGGCGUUGCCGGAAUAAUCUCCGGCUACCCUCUCGACACCCUCCGCAUCCGACAACAAAGCUCCAUCAGUACUGGUUCUGCUUUCAGCAUUCUCAGGCAUGUGAUGGCCAAGGAAGGACUCUGUACAGAGGCACGGCGGCUCCUUGGCCUCUCUCACUUUUCAGAUUAUAUUGACAAAGAUAGUGGUGAAAAAGGAGUUGUGAAGGGGAACUUGUUAUUCAAGACACAAGGAGCGAAUCCGGCCGAGAAAGCACCAGAGGUGUAAUUAUGGUGUAUGAGACACCAUCUUUUACGUUGCCUCUUAUUUUGGAUUAUACAAUGUAUCUUGUGCCAACUUAGGACAUAUCUUGUCUAUGGAGCAUGUAAACUUUAAUCCUUUUUAUUAAAUGCAUUUAUAUGUCCAAGAGGAUUAUGUCUAUCCCUUUUGA